GCAACAUGGCUCCAUGGCCUAACUUUGAUUAUGUACUUUGGCCGGCGGGAGGUAGCUUUUGGAGCGUGAAACGUGGAAUCGUUGUUUAUAAGUGUUAAGUGUAUUGCAUUUCUGCGCUAUAUGCGCUGUAACAUUAGUUACUAGUUUCGCAAUGGGCAGACCAGGUUUCUCUCCAAGAGGUGGUGGACGCGGUGGCUUUGGUGGAAGAGGUGGUGGAGGUGGCUUUGGUGGAAGAGGUGGCGGCGGUGGUGGUUUUGGUGGUAGAGGGGGUGGCCGUGGAGGUGGAGGGCGAGGUGGAUUUGGUCGCAGUCCAGGAGGCCGCGGAGGAAGAGGUGGUAGGGGUGGUGGUGGUUUUAAGGGAGGCAAGACAGUUAUAAUCGAACCACAUCGACAUGAGGGUGUGUUUAUAGCAAGAGGGAAAGAAGAUGCUCUGGUCACAAAGAAUAUGGUGCCUGGUGAAUCAGUGUAUGGAGAGAAAAGAAUUGCAGUUGAGGAAGGAGAAACAAAGAUUGAGUACAGAGUAUGGAAUCCAUUUCGCUCGAAGCUUGCAGCUGCUAUAUUGGGAGGUGUUGAUCAAAUCCACAUGCCACCAGGAAGCAAAGUGCUCUACUUAGGUGCUGCUUCAGGAACAACUGUAUCCCAUGUAUCUGAUGUUGUUGGACCGGAAGGGUUGGUGUAUGCAGUUGAGUUCUCCCACAGGUCUGGACGAGAUCUCAUCAACAUGGCAAAAAAGCGUACGAAUGUCAUUCCCAUAAUUGAGGAUGCCCGACACCCUCAUAAGUACCGAAUGUUGGUUGGUAUGGUUGACACAAUCUUUGCAGAUGUGGCUCAACCAGAUCAAGCUCGCAUUGUGGCUCUCAAUGCACAGUAUUAUCUGCGAAAUGGUGGCCAUUUCGUCAUUUCAAUCAAGGCAAGUUGCAUUGAUUCAACAGCGCAACCAGAAGCAGUAUUUGCUGCAGAAGUGAAGAAACUGCAAGCGGAUAAGUUAAAACCUCAAGAACAGAUAACAUUGGAACCUUAUGAACGGGACCAUGCGGUAGUUGUGGGUGUCUACAGGCCACCACCCAAGGCCAAAGGCAGUUAGUGUAUUGGUGCUAUCCUUCAUUGCUUCAGAUUUUUCUAUUUGAGAGAAAUUGAGUUUUAUUCUGGCACAGUGCUGAAUUUGUGGUUAUAUGGCCAUUGUGACUGCAGUCAGUGAAAUUAUGACUAUUACUUUUUAUUUGUAUCAUUUGUUUGUCACAGUGGCAUUUCAGCUGUAAAUGAUUAGCUCAAGGACUUGUAAUAAAGAUUAAUUUUUAUAAAAUAUUUGCCCUCAGUAAUCAAGGCAAUAAUGAGCUUAACAAGUUAUUUUACAUGUCAUGUGUACAAUGUAUAGUACAAGCAUUCCUCUUUCAUACCUACUGUUACAUCUACUGAAUCUAGAAAGUGUUCAGUUUGUAUCUGCUAGUGAAGAUGACAAGAAAGAGUUGUUUCUUUUUAUGUACAAUAGAAUUGUUAAUAUUUUAAUGUCUCAUUGUGUUUGCAGCGUAAGUUGCAUGACAUCUUCCACAUUGGAAAUAAAGAUUAUCUUUUAAGAAGCUCUUCCAA